GGGGUGCUCCGGAAUGGCCGCUCUCAGGCUUCUUUCUGCCCAUACUCAUUCGCGUCGUGUUCGCAACGAACCCCCAGGAAAAAUGGCGACAGAGGAUAUUGACCGUGCUAAGAUGGAGUCUAUGCUGCGUACUCUAAAAUUAUCAGGUCAUGUUGGAUUUGACAGUUUACCCAGUCAGUUGGUGAAUAAAUCAGUACAAAAUGGAUUUCUAUUCAAUAUUCUUUGUAUUGGUGAAACUGGGCUUGGAAAAUCCACACUUAUGGAUUCCCUCUUUAAUACAAGCUUUGAAUCUAGUCCUAGCCCUCAUAAUUUGCCAUCAGUAAAGCUUAAAGCACAUACCUAUGAGUUGCAAGAAAGUAAUGUUAGACUGAAGCUAACUAUUGUUGACACAGUUGGUUAUGGUGAUCAAAUCAAUAAAGAGGAUAGUUUCAAGGCAGUUGUUGAUUAUAUAGAUGCACAAUUUGAAGCUUAUUUGCAAGAAGAAUUAAAAAUCAAGCGUAAUCUUGCAACUUAUCAUGAUAGUCGUAUCCAUGUUUGCCUUUAUUUCAUAUGUCCUACCGGUCAUGGCCUGAAAUCCAUUGAUUUAGUAUGUAUGAAAAAAUUGGAUACCAAAGUUAAUAUCAUUCCAAUUAUUGCUAAAGCAGAUACAAUAUCAAAGACUGAAUUACAGAAAUUUAAGAGCAAAAUCAUAUCUGAAUUGCAAAAUAAUGGAAUACACAUUUAUCAAUUUCCAAUUGAUGAUGAGACUGUAUCAGAUAUAAAUACCACCAUGAACGCUCAUGUACCAUUUGCCGUUGUUGGCAGCACCGAUUUCGUUCGCGUAGGAAAUAAAAUGAUGCGUUCCCGUCAAUAUCCAUGGGGUACAGUUCAAGUUGAAAACGAAUCUCACUGUGAUUUUGUAAAACUUCGCGAGAUGCUGAUAAGUACUAAUAUGGAAGAUAUGCGUGAAAAAACUCACUGUCGCCAUUAUGAACUUUAUCGAAAAAAGAGAUUAGAACAAAUGGGUUUCAGCGACGUUGAUAGUGAUAACAAACCAGUAAGUUUUCAACAGACAUGUGAAGCAAAAAGAUCCAUUCAUUUACAAGAAUUGCAACAAAAAGAAGAUGAAAUGCGACAGAUGUUUGUUGUUCGAGUCAGGGAAAAAGAAGCUGAAUUAAAAGAGGCAGAGAAAGAGCUGCACAGUAGAUUUGAUAAGUUAAAGAAAGAUCAUGCAGAAGACAAAAAGAAAUUAGAAGAAAAUCGUAAGAAACUCGAGGAUGAUAUACUAGAAUUUAAUAGACGAAAAGCGCAAUUUGCGCAGCAACCCCAACAUCAUACGUUAACGUUAGGCAAAAGCAAAAAGAAGUAAAGAGUAUUUGAUCACAAACACAUCUUUUUAUACCACUUGAAUAUAAUUAUUCAUUUUA